AUGUACUAUGCGACGCUAUGGACGGCCCUUUUUGAGCAUCUCGCUGUGUUCAUUAGCAAGCACCAGCCCGUGGUGGAUCGACUGCUCUCUGGUCCAGGGCACCCUGACUUUGCCGAGGGUGUGCUUCCCGAGCUUGCGCGGAUAUGGACGGCUCUAGGCUUCGAUAUCCUUGCGGCCUGGCGUCAGCACCGCCAAAUACCGUACCUUCUUGCGCAGGCGCAGGAUACGACUUUGGUGGCCCUGGACAGGAUUCGGACGACGCCGUUUGUGUCUGGUCGCAUCUUUGGCGAUGAUUCGCGGCAAGGUGGACGUGCCUCGCCAGCCUCGCGGCCCGCUACACCCGUGCCGGCGACAUCCUCUAUGCCCUCUGUGGAACCACUGCUGACCGAAUGUGCUAGUAUGGGGGCCCAGUGGGCACUCUUUUUCCAGUUUCUGCAGCGCUCUAUGGGCCCCAAGGCGGCCAGUGAGCAGGCGGCUUCCCUCCAAGAUGCGCUACAGACGUGCUGGCGCACCGAAUUUCUUCCUCUUCAGCUCUUUGCGCUGCGUUCCAGCAUCCAGCAGGUGCAUAAGCUGGAUGUGCCGGAUCUCCAGGCACGGCCGUAUGGCAGCUCGCUGCCUGACGACAUGUUCUUUGCACUGCGCACCGUCUGGACACGUGCGCUGUCGACGUCCUCGCUCUAUGUGGCGGAAGAAUUGUUUGCACAGGCCCUGCCAAUGAUCGAAUCUGACUAUGUGGAAAUCAUCGUGCUGCGCAUGGAUGCUUGCCGUCGCACGCUAAACCUAGCCGGGCUUGUUGAAGGGCCACGCCGUUUGGCAGCUGCACGCGAGGUUCGUGCGGUCAUGUGUGUGUACCUGAAUGCCUUGGAUGUCUCGGCCAUGUAUGCGGAGCGUCUCAUGUCGGACCUGUCGCACCCAUCAUUUUUGGAGCCUUACUUUGAUGCCGAGUCCAAAAAUGACGCACCCAGUGACUUGGCACGGGCGCAAAGCACGGUUGGCUUACUAGACAGCCUAGUAUCGAAACUACGUUCCGCCAUCAGCUUUGAAGUCCAAGAGCUAUUCGCCACCCUCUUGGAAACUCGACUCCGAUCUUUGGUCACGGAAGCAAUGCGCAACUUGCAUUACAUGCUCGACGAGGAAUCGUAUGCACAGGCCAGCGAGGAUGCGGACCUCGUAAACCGCGUGAGCUCGGCCUGGGAGCUGUUGAUUCAUGGAUACCGUGACCCACUCACAGAGAGCAAUUACGCGCUCUUGUUCAACGCUGCGAUUGAUGUACUCGUACAAGAGUGGGAGAGAACCAUUGCCACCUUCACAUUCACUGAGCUGGGUGCACUUCGCUUCGACAAGGAUCUCCGCAGCAUUUUGGGCUUCAUGGCUGACUACACCCCGUGGGGCAUUCGAGAUAAAUUCCUCCGCCUCCAGCAAAUUUCGUAUGUACUCAACAUGGACGAUGAAGAGCUUGAGUCCAUCGAUGUGUAUGAAGCCGGUAUAGCCGCCGGUGUGUCGUGGCAGCUUUCUCCCACCGAAGUACAAAGUGUUCGCGCACAACGCCUGGCCCCUACAUCUUGA